AUGGAUAAAAAUGGAGAAUCAAUCUUCACUUCAGAGUUCUGGAGAGAGAUAAAUGAACAAUAUUUCAUCGUCUAAUCUCCAGUUUAAAUAGCAGAUAUUGAUAUUCUAAAAAGCAAAUCUUGGAAUUGCAAAAAAUCAAAAUGUCUAAAACUUCUAAAUAAGCUUAUUAGGUAGAACAAUCGAACAAAGCUAUUCCAAGCAAACCUGAAUAAUGUAAAAACAAGAGUGCAAUUGCUCUUCCUGCAGAGACAAUCAACAUAGGAACCCAUUUAAAAUUUAAUGGAUGAAAUGAUAGACUAGGUUUGUUUCUCUCAUUUGACAGCUGGAUUAUAGCAAGCCGAAGAAUUAAUAAAAAAUAUAUCUCAAUCAUCAGAAUCAUAGCAAUUGUAAAUUUACAAUAAAGAAGCAUAUGUAUUAUCAAAUUUGAUGCAUCAAAUUGAUUGGCCAGAUGAGUUAAGUAUUUCAAUAGAGCAACAUCAGCAAUAACUCAAUGAACUAACCAGCAAUAACAAAGAUGCAUUGCAGAGUUUGGAAUAACACACUCAUUAGAUAAACUUAACUGUAUUAUAUACCUACAACAGUCAACAAGUUGGGGAAUAAAGAUUGAAAUUGACAAGAUAAAGAAUGCCAAAUUAUCAACAUGAAUUGACUUUGUUAAAAUAAGAAAUCAUAUCAUUGCAGGAUUAUUAAUUGGCUGAAAGUGUUGGCAAGGCGACCUUCAAUGAAUAUAAUAAUACCAUUACUGUAAUCUUUGAUAAAUAUUUGACGUCGAUUCCAAUUACUUUAAGCUUAGAGGAUUUUGGUAAUCUCCAGAAAUUACGAGAGCAACCAUACGAUUUGUCAACUUAGCAGUGCGGACUCAGGUCAGAUGAUGUAUUUGAAAUGUAAAUGUGCCAUUAUUGUAAAGAGAUGGUCGAAAUCAAAAAUCUCAAAUAGUGCCAAUACAAUCAUUUUUCAAUGGGACUCCAUGAAUACAAUGAAGAUUUUUUGGUUUGCUAAAGAUAUUAAAUAAAUAGCAAAUAAACGCAAUAAUAUUUUCUAGAUCUGUAUUCUGAAAAUUACGUCAUUGAAGAUAAACAAAUUAUGUGUCAAAGAUACUUUUGCUUAAAAUGUUUAAAGUAUGAUUUUGAUUCUUAUGAAAUUACAUCCCAUCUAUGGAUUUGUCCCCUAUGCAAAGGUUUAUGCACUUGCAUACGAUGUGAAAGAAAUGACAUGAUUUAUAAGUUGAAAAGACAAUUCUUAGAGUUGAAUGGAGAUUUGGAAGAGAUUUACAAAUCGUCAUACUUUGAGAGUUUGGUCAAAGAGAAAAGAAAAUAAUUGUCAGAAAUACCUUUGGAGUUCUUAAAAGUUCAUAGGAACGAAUAAGAAGAAACACUAUCUUAAAAGAGUAAUAAAAGAUAAUUUCAAGUAAAUUCAAUAAGAAGGAAGAUUAAAAAAGAGGAUUCACAUCUAGUUAAUAAAUGUCAUAAACUAUAUUAAGUAGAAAGCUCAUCCUCUUCACUGAAAAUAAAGAGAUCAAAAGAAACAACAUACAAUACAAUUAGUAGUAUAGAUUCAAUUCAUUCACAAUUGUAUAUUUAAUGA